AUGUGUGGAUUGGCACAGGCAGCAAACGAGACCGACUGCCCCCAGAUUCGGAAGACGCUCCUGGUCCAAUUCCACGGCAUGGCUCCUGGCUUCUGUGCGACAGAACACAUAUCGGACCUGUCGGACGGCGCCGGUCGGCCCCCUUACUGUCGGCCCCUCGCCUCCAUUCGUGGCCGGUUUGAACGGCCAUCCUGCCGUGACUCUGAUGGGGGCUGUUUGUUGCCGUCCGCGAUACCGCUCUCCAGCUGUGGGACGUCAUCCCUCGCGCCGUCCCGGCUACGCGGGACGCAGUCGACUCGAGGCCACGGCAACUCGACCACUCAGGGCAGUCGUGCUAAAGAAGUAACACCAGAAGUCAAGACAGAUGGCGGCUCCGUCUGGGACUCCACGUAUGCCGGCAUCGUAACAUCGCGACUUGGGCGACCUGGUUCCUCCCAGUCCCCUCAGUGCAACCCAUUCUGCAAGCAGACGCGCAGCGCGAGAGGCUGCGCCACCGCGGUUGUGCAGACUGUCAGACUGGCUUUGCCCGCCCGCGCCCGGUGGAGUGAAGACUUCUUUUUCGUCACUCUACUCCACCCGCCCGCGUUUGCGUGCGCGUUUGCGUGCGCGCUUGCGAUGGGACGAGCUACGGAAUGGACGUCUGCUCGGCGGCGCGCGGUCCAGAUGAUGAUGAUCGUCGACAUGGAAAUGGAGGGCCACAUCCACAUGGGUCGCCUGGGGCUCGGCAAGCCCUUCGCUGUGCGACCACUUUGCGCGCUCCUUCGGCGGGAGGAAGCGACUGACAUAAUCGCAGACGCCACAAAACACAUCCGCGCGACCUGA